CCCGGCCAUGCGGAGCCUCUCUGGGUUCCUGUGGGUGCGGGCGGCGCCGGUACGGAGCGGCGGGGCCAUGCCCGGGAAGGGAAAAGCAGCCGCCAAGGGCCCCGCGGAGCCGGCCGCCACCGCGGGACCGGUGGCGGCGGCGGGCGGCGGCUCCGUGAGGGUGGCGGUGCGCGCCAAGCCCGGUGCCCGCUGCAGCGCCGUCACAGAUGUGACAGCAGAGGCAGUAGGUGUAGCUAUUGCUGCACCUCCGUCGGAAGGGGAGGCAAAUGCAGAGCUGUGUCGCUACCUCGCUAAGGUGCUUGAAGUGAAGAAGAGUGAUGUUGUUUUAGAGAAGGGCGGUAAAUCUCGUGACAAAGUGGUGAAGAUUUCGGUAUCAGCAACACCACAUGAGAUUUUAGAAAAACUGAAGAAAGAAGCUUCCAGUUGACCUAAAACAAGAGUAGGAAAUAGGAAAAAGCAUGCUGGUACAUGGACUGAUAUUCUUUCUUACUUGAUGCAGUGCUGUUGAGAGUGUGGCUAAUGACUACAGGAAGAUACUUCUGUCCCCUCCCCUUGUUAAUAUAGGUGCUGUACAGUUGAAGUUUUCCUGUAGGUUUGGUUAGAAAACUGAGACUGUAUCUACUUCUGUCACUACAGACUUCCUUCUGCUCUGGAUGGUUUCCUAUGGGUAAGAUUUGUCCUCUUUCCUGGUCUCUAAACAAAUUGUUUAGGAAAUGUGUUUUUUAGUGGAGGAAAUGUUGGUUAACACAGCGAGGGGCUUGGAAUGACAGCCUUCCAUAUGGGAAGUGGUACAGAAGGACAAACCUGGAUGGCAGAGACAUAAAAGAGACUCUUCUCUCUGAUAUCUCACAGCAGGUGCAGCUUUUCACUGUGGGCACUUACAGGUAUCUAAAAUAAAUGUCUUUUGAAGCCAGUGUGCUGUUGUUGAUCACACAGACAAACUGAAAGUAGAAUCUCCUGAGCAACGGAAAGAAAACCAGAAGAUUUCAGUGUGAAAAACCAGCGCAGGACCUGGUCAUUGCACACGUGGGGGCACUUUGUAAUAGUCUGUAAAUAGUUUCCUUAAAAGUAGAGAUAUGGUCAUAUAUAUCUUUGCCAAUUGUAUGUCACCUGUAAUGAGUGUUUUUAAUACAGGCACAGAAAGUCCCUUUAUUAAAAACAAGCUUUGGUUUGUGUUUAUAUUUUUAACAAAGAAAAGAGUUGUUUCCUAGAAACGUCUUCAUAGAAUGCUUCUUUGAAACUGCCUUUUUUAUAAUCUUUCCUUGGUCUAAAAAUGAGUAGUAGUGCAACCCCUAGAGAACAGAGCUGAGUCAUUUGUAGAACACAACAAAACAAGAAGUCUGAAACAAAAUGGGCAGCUAUACUCCAGUUUCAGGGCUGAUGAGAAAAAGGCUGAACUUCUCUAUUUAUCAUGCUUCAGAGGGCAGAGGAGGAUUUAACUGACAUGUCCCAAAGACGUGUGUGAUACCAUACAUGGUUCUGGGAGGACUUAGUUUUUUCCUCUGCAUCACUGCUGAUGUCUGAAAUUGUCCUGUAUUUGUCCUAUGGUUGUCAUGUUAAAAAUAAAGUAAUGGCUAAAGGAAAAAAGAUAACUAUUCUGAA